UAUAUUUGUGUUGCGCAAAAUGACCCUGUUUAGCUGAGUAGCUGCAAAUUAUUUGUUUGCCUCGUGUAGCCUGAUAAUUAAAUGGUUUAAUUAUCGAUAAUUGGCGUACAGCCUCCAACUUAAUUUCCUGUCAGCUCGUCCAAUGAGGAGCAGGGAAGAGCUCCUCCUUUGUAAAAAAAAAUACUAGAAAGAAAGAAAACCCACGCGAUCACUUUUAACUUAAUGCCUCUUCGUACGUUGAUGGAUGUCGGACUUAAAACGAGCAAUUAACCAUUUUGCUUUGCAUUCGUCUCAGUCUACACUUGUAGUAAACUGGUUGGCUGCUUGCAUCACUGUGCGGUGGUGACGUGUGGCGUCUGGGAGCUGUCCCAGGAAUCAUGGAGCUGAAGCUGCAGCACCAGUUCAGCAGCCAAUGAUCACAGGAGAAUCUGGGGCUUCGGAUCCUUUCACCCAGAGCAGGACGGUCCGAUAAUCGUGUUGGAUUUUACCGGAAUGAUGUAAACCCCUCAGUUUGUUCCUCGGAUAUGGAAAUGCGAUCAUUUGGGAUGUAGGAUUGAAGCAGACUUGGCAGCGACCUGCAGUCUGGUUGUAUAUCUGUGAGGUAAAAAAAAAGAAACUGUGAAUCGGAUGGAAAUCGGUGAAGCUGCCCAGAUGUUCAAUUUAUUGAACUUGAUGGCUUUAGACACUUGUUUGCGUCCAUGGGAUUUAUUUGCCUUUUGGAUUUACAUCCUCGUGGGAACCCAAUAAAGACGUCCAGUUUGAAUAGAAGGAAACUAUAAGGGUGCUUUAAACCAACAGACGCUGUAGAGGACACCACUGCAUCCAGCAUCCCGCCUCACGACAUAUGAAGAACCGUUGCUGAUGACGGGGACACGCACAGUACACGCUGUUUUCCUCCAGCGCCUCAACGCGGUGCUGUGAGUUCGUGGCCGGAGCGCGCCCGAUGCUGCGCCGCCAGAAAUGCUGAAGAGCCGCUGCUGCGUCCUGCUCGGCGACCUGAGGGUGCUCCUGCUCGGGCCACCGGCACCGGCCACCCCGCUGCCCCAGCUGACCCCCAUGAGCGGCCCGGCCAGCGAAAGCCACGAGGCAGGCGCGACUGUCCACGACAACAACAACACGCUGACGCGGAGCCACCAGCGCGCCGGGGACCGGAGCGGCCCGCCGGCGGCGGGGGCCGCGGGGACGCCGGGGCCCGGGACGGGGACGGGGACCGGCUGGGUGGACGCCGCGGAGCUGUCGGCGGCGCUGCGCGGCUGCAGCAGCUCCUCCGAUGACUGCUCCAAGAGCAAGCUGGAGGAGAGGUUCUCCCUCACCAGCUACACGGAGAGCGGCUUCAGGACGCCGGUGUGCAGGAUCUGCUUCCAAGGACCAGAGCAUGGGGAGCUCCUGAGCCCGUGCCGGUGCAGUGGCUCGGUCCGCUGCACCCACCAGCCCUGCCUAAUCAAGUGGAUCAGCGAGAGAGGCUGCUGGGCGUGCGAGCUCUGCUACUACAAAUAUCAGGUCAUCGCCAUCAGCACCAAGAACCCGCUACAGUGGCAGGCCAUCUCCCUGACCGUGAUAGAGAAGGUGCAGAUCGCGGCGGCCAUCUUGGGCUCCCUCUUCCUGAUGGCCAGCAUCUCCUGGCUGGUGUGGUCGUCGUUCAGCCCGUCGGCCCGCUGGCAGCGCCAGGAUCUGCUCUUCCAGAUCUGCUACGGCAUGUACGGCUUCAUGGACGUCGUCUGCAUCGCGCUAAUUGUCCACGAGGGACCCUCCGUGUUCCGCAUCUUCCACCGCUGGCAGGCCGUGAACCAGCAGUGGAAGGUCCUGAACUAUGACAAGUCCAUGGACAGCGAGGACCUGAAGGACGCCGCCGCGGACAGGACUCAGGCUCAGCCCGGCCAGGGCUUCCAGACUGGGCUGGGCGCGUCCGCGUCCACGUCCUCGCUGAUGGCGGUGGCCUCCACGGCCGCCGGCUCCGCCUCCGUCGCCGCGGCGACGCCCGCCGGCGGGCCGGAGCCCAACGGGGCCGCGGCGGCGCCCGACCAGCACUGUCCCUACAGCAUCCUCCACCUCCUCAGCCACCUGAGGCAGCCGGAGCCCCGCGGGCCGGCCGGCAGCGGCACGCGGGAGCUGGUCAUGAGAGUCACCACGGUCUGAGGAGUGUGUUUGAGGCCUUAUCCCGCGCGGAGCGACGAAUGAACCCGCGGACCGUCGGGGGAAGAGACGGUCUGAUGCAACUGCACUGGACUCAGACAAUGUCCUUGUUUGUUUGGAAAUACGUCCUUGAUGUCCUUACAUGGAUUGAAUAAAAGUCAAAGUUGUUUGUUU